AUGCCGAGCUGGCCUUUCGGCACCUGUCCUUGGAUAGGCUCGUGCAUGAGGACAAGUGCAGUGGGGAUGAAGCUUGCCUGGCCUUUCGUCUUCCGCAGACGGAGUGCUUUUCAUGCUGAUCUUCAUAGUCUGAUCGUCGCUCAGUUCGUCAUGCACGUUGCUGUGACAAUAGCGCUUCUACCAUAUCCCAUGGCUCGAGUUGAGUAUGAUGGCAAACAAGAGGUCUCAGCUGCAGCACAUUCUGGACAGGAGGGCGUCGCACCACCUACAGAGGUGGGGUAUAGCACCUUACAGGUGCAAGCGAAGUGCCAUGUAUGCCAAAUAUAA